AUGGCAGAAGUAGUUUCCAUACAAAGACCUACAGCUCCCUCCGCCUCCCCCUCACCGGACACAGCGACACAAGGAGGAGAAGUUUCUGCUCCCUCCACUGAACUCACCCUCUCCAAUGCCGCAGACACCUCUCUUUCUGCUACCACCACAGAUCAAGCAGACCCCGAAAAGAAGACAAAAAAGAUAAUUCGCCGAAAACGAAGGCCAGCUCGUCCACAAGUCGAUCCAGCCACAGUAAAAUCCGAACCUCCUCCCCAAACAGGCACAAUCUUCAACAUCUGGUAUAACAAAUGGUCCGGUGGCGAUCGCGAGGACAAAUACCUCGCAAAACACCAUGCGCCCUCGCGCUGCAACAUCGCCCGUGACAGCGGAUAUACACGCGCCGAUAAAGUCGCCGGCUCAUACUUUUGUCUCUUCUUCGCGCGGGGGCUAUGUCCCAAGGGUCACGAGUGUGAAUUUCUACAUCGUCUACCAGGCCUGCAUGACCUGUUUAACCCCAACGUCGACUGCUUUGGACGCGACAAACACAGCGAUUACAGAGAUGACAUGGGCGGCAUUGGCAGCUUCAUGCGGCAGAACAGAACGCUGUAUGUCGGCCGCAUACACGUUACGGAUGACAUUGAGGAAGUUGUUGCGAGGCACUUUGCGGAGUGGGGCCAGAUGGAGCGGAUUCGGGUGCUGAACUCUCGAGGGGUGGCGUUUGUGACGUAUACAAACGAGGCGAAUUCUCAAUUUGCUAAGGAGGCGAUGGCGCACCAGAGUCUGGAUCAUAAUGAGGUACUGAAUGUGCGGUGGGCGACGGUUGAUCCCAAUCCGUUGGCGCAGAAGAGGGAUGCGCAGCGCAUUGAGGAGCAGGCUGCGGAGGCGGUGAGGAAGGCCUUACCUGCGGAAUUUGUAGCGGAGUUGGAAGGGAGGGAUCCUGAGGCUAAGAAGCGGAAGAAGAUUCAGGGGAGCUUUGGACUUAGUGGCUAUGAGCCGCCCGAUGAGGUUUGGUAUGCGCAUACGAGACAGCUGGAGCAAGCGGGCGAGAUGCCGCAACUUGAAGCUUCAGCGGAGACUCGUUUGAUCGGAAAUGCCCCAGCAGCGGAACCGCAGCAGUCCGAGGGAAGUGGAGGAGGAGGUGGUAUAUUGUCUGGGUCAACUCUAAGUGCAUUAAAUGGGUUUACGGGCGGGGGGUUUACGACCAAACCAUCUGCUCCAGCUUCCAGUGGUCCAUUGGUAGCUUAUGAUAGUGAUGACGAUAGCGACUGA